GUGCCCGCCGGAAUCGGACUGGACAACGCUCAGUCGCCCGGGUCGCCCUGGCCAGCCGCCUACGGCGCGCCCCUGCGAGAUGACUGGAACGGCUAUGGACAAGGGGGCGCCCCGGGGACGGCGGCCGCCAGCGCUCUGCACGGACCCCCCCCAGCCGGACUGGCCUACAGCCCCGCCGGAGACUACCUCCCGCACCCGCACCACCCCUCCCAGGGCCCUCCGGCGCCCCCCUGCGGGGUCCCCCCUUCCGCGGGGCUGAUGCAGCCUCUCAACCCGCCGCCCGGCUCGGAUCCUCUCUCCCCUGGUGGCCAGCGGCGGAACUUCUGCGACUGGAUGAGGAAACCCACGGCGGGGGGACCCGUGAAAACCAGGACGAAAGACAAGUACCGUGUGGUCUACACAGAUCACCAGCGACUAGAGUUGGAGAAGGAGUUUCACUAUAGCCGUUACAUCACCAUUCGGAGAAAAGCUGAGCUGGCAGCCACGCUGGGAUUGUCGGAGAGACAAGUGAAAAUCUGGUUUCAAAAUAGGCGGGCAAAAGAAAGGAAGAUCAACAAGAAGAAGUUACAACAAUCUCAGCCUGGGGGAGCGCACAGCGGAUCUGAACCCAUGAGUCCUGUCUCCUCCAUGCAGGCAGGGACAAAUGGCUCUGGCCCUAGUGGAGGUGUGUUGGGUGCUACUGGCUUGACCCCAAUGGUUGCACAGUGACAACAACUGUAAGGAAAGACUGAGCAGCUGAAGAGUUCUUGCAUUCCAUAAGGAAGAGGAGGAGACAGCCUACCACACACCAGCCAGCCAGCCAGCCCAUGGAGAAGAAAGCCACUAGUCCAAGAGUGAAACUGAUGAGGCAAGUGGUGACUCUCCGUAUCCUGCACUAGGAUGAACUGCAUGGAACAGCAUCACACUCUGGGAUUUUCUGCCCAUUUGUCCAAAAUAUACUGUGGGCCACCCAAGUUCAGAUAGGGGAGGGAAGGGAGUUGAUUUUCCUUAAUUUGUUUCAUUCUUCUCCUGGAUGCUGCCAUAGAUACCACACAACUGACACUUAUCUUUGCAAUGAAAAACACCUUUUCUCAGGGAAUUGGGCCUGGAAUGCCUGCUUGUUGUUCUUGUUUUUGUUUUUUAAUUACCAAUGUUGUUGGGCUAAUGAUAAAUGUUAAUGGGAAAAAGAAGAAAUUAAACCAUAUUUUACUUUG